GAAAAAUGCAGAAUCCAGUGUAUUUCAUAGUAGAAUCAAUAUAAAUUGCUGAAAGGAUGCGCUAAAAAGUGGAAACGCCAGGGAAGGUUUGCGAGAGCAUUAUAGAUGGGAUGGCUGAGCGCAGCGGAUCAUACAAUGAGUGAAAAAGAGCGUUUUUGUAACCUACUGUACAUGCUGCUGCUGCAGAGGUUGUUAACAAUGCAGUUUUGUUACGCCAAACCAACAGAGACAGGCUCAAAACCCCUCGCACGAAAUUCAGACCUCAAAAAAGAAGACAUACUAGAAGUGCCCUUAGCCACGGAAUUCCACGAGGUGCAGCGUCCAGGAGCAUGAAGUGGCGUGAGUGUCUGGUUGAG